AUGCUUGACUGCGUUACCUCGAAGGUUUCGGAGGAGAUGAAUGUUUCGUUAACGGCUACGUUCUCUGUGGAGGAGAUUAAAACUGCUGCCAUGAAAAUGGGAGGGCUUAAAGCUCCGGGUCUUGACGGAUUUCAAGGGAUAUUCUAUCAAUCACAGUGGGACAUAAUAGCUUUUGAUGUUAAUAAUAUGAUUGUUGAUUUGAUGAACGGGUCUUUGCAGCCUUUGCGAAUCAAUGCUACUCAUCUGGCUUUAAUUCCGAAGGUUCAAAAUCCGGAGUCUGUGUCUCAAUUUCGACCCAUAAGUCUUUGCAACUACUCCUACAAGAUUCUCUCCAAGGUCUUAGCCAACCGAUUAAAAAGACUGUUGCCAGUGUUGAUCUCCGCAACCCAAAAUGCGUUUGUUGAAGGAAGACAGAUUCAAGAUAACGUCGGUAUUGCGCAUGAGCUUUUCCAUUUUCUAAAAAAUAGAAAGACAAAGUGCAACUUUGAGCUGGGAAUUAAAUUGGAUAUGCAUAAGGCGUAUGAUCGUGUGGAGUGGGAUUUUUUAAUGGCAGUUAUGGAGAAGAUGGGUUUUAAUAGUCGAUGGAGGAGUUUGAUUAUGGGAUGCAUUUCUACAGUGAAUUUUUCCGUUCUUCUGAACGGACAGCCAGGUUCCAAAUUCACUCCCUCAAGGGGGCUCAGACAGGGGGAUCCUUUAUCCCCUUAUUUAUUCUUGCUAGUCAGUGAAGUGUUAUCACUCCUUAUUCAACGGGAGAGUGAUAGGGGGCGGAUUGAGGGGAUUCAAAUGGACCGUGUCGGUCCCAUGAUAUCUCACAUUUUCUUUGCUGAUGAUGCAUUGAUCUUUCUCAAGGCGGAGGCGAGGAACUGUAGAAAUUUAGUCCAGGUUAUUGAUGAGUAUUGCUCGGCCUCGGGUCAACAUGUAAAUAAAUCCAAAUCUAGUGUGUUCUUUGGGGGGAAUGUGCCAGAACCUUUAUCUAUCCAUCUGGCUACCAUUUUUGGGAUGGAGAAAGUAGGGGACCCGGGAGUUUAUCUGGGAGUGCUGGCCAUCUGGGGUAGAUCUAAAAGAAGUGGCCUUGCGUAUUUAAAAGGAAGGCUUUUAGGAAAAAUUCAAGGUUGGAAACGCUCCACUCUCUCACAAGCGGGGCGGGAAGUUUUAAUUAAGGCAGUGGCGCAAGCAGUUCCGGCAUAUCCUAUGAAUCUCUUCAAGUUUCCUAAGAUUUUUUGCGAUGAUCUGGAUGCUUUGAUAUCCAAGUUUUGGUGGGGGCAAAAAGAAGGGGAGAACCGGAUUCACUGGGUUUUUAAGGAACAAAUGGGGAAAUCGAAAGAAGAAGGUGGGCUAGGCUUGAGGUGCUUUACGGAGUUCAACAACGCUCUUUUGGUGAAACAGUGUUGGAGGUUGUUAUUGGAACCAAACUCUUUGUGGGCGUCGGUCAUUAAAGGCCAAUACUUCCCCAACUGUUCUUUUUUCGACGCUAAGAGGGGUGGAAGAGCUUCAUGGGCAUGGUCAAGCCUUCUUGUUGGCACUGAAAAUGGAAGCUGGGAUAUUGAUUUCCUUAAACCCUUUCUGAUGGAGGAGGAGCUCAAGGCGAUUUACGAGACACAUUCGGGUGACCUGAUAUUGAAAGACAGAUUAAUGUGGCAUUUUGUAAAGCAUGGAAUCUAUUCUGUCAAGUCCGGAUACCAUUGGGAUAUGACCUGGACUCGACAACAACGAAUUGGAAACCCUCACAGAUCUGCCCUCAUCCCAAAGCAGACAAGUGUGAGGAACAACAUGCUUUCAUAUGUUGCUACAACAUGUUGGUAUAUAUGGAAGGCAAGAUGCAAUUUUCUCUUCAAUCAACAACCUAUCUUUCCUCGACAAAUCAUUGCAGUUAUCACCCAUUCUGUGGCUGCCUUCAAGGAAUUUACUCAGGCUACGGUAAUUAGUUUGCCAAUUUCUGUCAAUGGAUCGGCUUCUGAUGUCCAUUGGUCUCCACCUUGUGUGGGUUUUAUCAAAAUUAAUGUGGAUGCAAGCUGGUUAAUGAGUGGGGGUUCGGGUUUUGUGGGUGUUGUGGCUCGGGACGAUGCGGGCAGGUUUGUGGCAGCAAACAGGAUGAGGGUCACGGCCUCUUCUGUGGCUGUGGCAGAAGUUUUGGCAGUGCUGUAUGGGUGUGAGUUUGGAAGAAACAUGGGAUGGAAUUUUGUCAUCGUGGAAUCUGACUCUCAGGAAUCCAUAUCCUGUAUUCGAGACUUCGAUACGAUGGGCAGUUGGGAAGCUUUCCCAAUUUUAGCGCGAUGCAAAAGAAUGGGGGAGGCUUUUAAUGACUACCGCUGGUCUUGGGUUCCACGAUCGGCCAAUAUGGCUGCGGAUCUUCUGGUGUCGCGGCAAAGUAGGGAGUAUGAGGAGUGA